AGUGUUAUGGAUUAAUCAAAUAGCAUGGCGGCGGUCGUCAUCCGGGAGAGCAAUGAAAAACACUAAUGGCUUUGAGCACAAUUGUCAAAAAGGCCAGCAGCCUGCUGCGACUGGGAAGCAGCGACUCCCUCAAGCCCCCACCUCUUGAUGGAGAGAUCAUUUAUUGCAAGAAUAAUGUUUGUGUUCAUCCACCAGCUUCCCUUCUCUUGGACUCUGAGCACCACCCAGGCUACCUAACUCUGCGGGCACAUCAAAAUGAGGGUUCCAGACCUACCCUUAUCCUAACAUGGAUUCCAAAUGCUACACUGCAAAAAAAUCCUCAGAGCAUUGAGAGCAGUCCAAACCGCUCUGUUGGUGCAACACCUAAAGCUAGUCCUCGAAGAACUCCACGUCAAGAGUUUUCCAAGAUGGACCCAGAUCCUGUUCCUGCUGAGCACAGAGUAUGGGAUGAGCAUGGCGAAAGGAAGGCAGAGAGACGGAAAAAGCACAGCCAGGACAACUGCAGUCUGAGCUCGGAUAUGUCUUGCGGCUCUAGAGAGGAAUCUCUCAGCCAAGCCAGCUCCACACCAGGGGAGGACUCAUGGCAUCCAGAACGCAAGCUUAGCUCUAGUGCCAAGUCCCAGACAGAUUCUGGCAUUGGUACUGAGGAGCCUUUGUUGCUGGGGUAUAACAUGUUGCAGAGUGUUUCACAAGCCACAAGGAAUGUCACAGAUUUGGCAACUGUCCCAAAUACUCAAGACCUAUGUUCAAACCAAAGCAGCCGGAACAACAGCAGUGUGCCACAAAACAAUGCAAAGCCUGUUCCUUUGGCACUGCGACAAAAUCGAGUUGGAGUCAACGUGAAUGAUUUGAAUGCUGGGGGUGACACUGUGCAUGCAGACAACUGUGAUGUACUGACAGCAGAAGAACAGCUGGCAGCCAUGUUGAACAGGCAUAAACUCCAUGCUCGUGCACGAAGUGGUGGGUCUUGGGGUGGAGGUGAAGGGCAUUCUUUCAGUAUCCAGAUGACGGACGACAGACUAGUAGUGUUGGAAGGUCAGGUGCAGGAGAACGGAGCACCUGGACCAGCUUCCAACAUCCUUGAUCGAAAUCUCAACACCAAUGACAGCAAAUUUGACACCAGUACAGCUUCUAGUUCUCAGUCUACAGACAAUGAUUCCCCUGGGAUUGGAACCGAUGGCAUCCGGCUUACCUCUGACGUUUUCUGUAGUGGCACCAUCGGUACAUUGACACCUGUCAGCCAACCAUUAUCAGUCAUCAAGGAUGAAGUGUCUUCCAUCAGACUUCAAAGCAAUGCAGCUGAAUUAGUUAACAUCCGAGUACCUCACUUUCUGGAACUGCCAGGUAUCACCCCUCCACCCCCAAACACCCCAGUUGAGACACCGGAUGUUCUUGCCACUGGUCAGCUCAGCUCAGGUUCUUCCACCACCACUUCUGGGCCUGACUCCCCACCUUUGACUCCUGCCACUUCUGACACAGAAUGGGAUGGUUCCCCUUUGAAAGGAGUAGAAGGAGGCUGGUCAAAUCAGCAAGAACAUCCUGAAUGUGAAGUGGAGAGCUCUCGGAGAGACUCGCAUCAGAGUGCUCAGGAAUCCCCCACCAGCACUAGCAGCUCAGCCAGUGCUUCAUACAACUGGACUUUUCCUGAGAAUUCCAUGACCUUCAGCCAAGGCAAGAGAGAAAGGCGCAGUGCUCGGGACCAGAUGUGUGGUGUAUUUUCUGUUGACCUUGGUCAGAUGAGGUCUCUUCGUCUCUUCUACAAUGAUGCAGCAUGUUCUGCUGGACAGGUUGUGAUAGCUAGCCGUGAAAGCCAGUACAAAAUCCUGCACUUCCACACAGGAGGGCUUGAUCGCCUGGCUGAAAUCUUCCAGGAGUGGAGUCUUUUUGCACAGGAAACAGACAAGAAGUUGGCAGCUUCUGGAGGAGAAGAGGCAGGUGGCAAACCAUACCAGCAGUUUUUGGUGGUGAAGCCCCAGCUAACUAAUGAUGACUGCCACCCUGAGGAGGGCCUGUUCCUCAGGGUUACAGAGGACAUAUGGCGGGAACACAUGAACAGUGAUGGCACCAUUGAGGAUGAUUUGCAACUGCGAAAGGCUAUUUUCUUUGGUGGCCUUGACCCUAUGCUACGUCCAGAGGUGUGGCCAUUCCUUCUGCACUACUACCCUUUUGACUCCACUUUUGAAGAACGGGAGCAAAUUCGCAAUGACAAGUAUAUUGAGUACCACAAUAUCCGAAAAAUGAGAGAAUCAAUGCGCGGAGAAGAGAAACAGCAGUUCAUGCGCAACGUACAGUGUAUUGUUGAAAAAGAUGUCGUGCGUACUGACCGCAGCCAUCCCUAUUUUCGAGGUCAAAAUAACCCAAACAUUCAAGUCCUUAAGAACAUUUUGCUAAACUAUGCAGCGAGCCAUCCUCGAAGUGGUUACACUCAAGGCAUGUCAGACCUGCUGGCACCCAUCCUGGCAGAAGUACAACAAGAGGCUGAUGCUUUCUGGUGCUUCACAGGCCUCAUGACACGCACCAUCUUUGUGUCCUCUCCCACUGACACUGACAUGGACAAACAGCUGAACUACUUACGAGAGCUAUUACGAGUCAUGUUGCCACGGUUCUUCUACCAUUUGAAACUCUUAGGACAGGAUGCACUGGAGCUGCUUUUUGCACACAGGUGGAUCCUUUUGUGCUUCAAACGAGAAUUUAAUGAGCAGGAUGCCUUGAGAAUCUGGGAGGCUUGCUGGGCCCACUACCAAACUGACUAUUUUCACUUGUUUCUGUGUGUGGCUAUUGUGGCCAUAUAUGGAGAUGAUGUUGUGGACCAGCGGUUGCCAGCAGAUGAUAUACUUCUACAUUUCUCUUCCCUGGCUUUACACAUGAAUGGAGACCUUGUGCUGAGAAAGGCUCGUGGCUUGCUGCAUCAGUUUCGAAGUAAAGCUGUCAUCCCUUGCACUCUGCUUGGCCUCUGCUCCCAGUGUGAUCCUGGCAUGUGGGACAGCGGUCAUGUGCCAACAGUGGAGUGCAUCACUCACCCUGGUGGUCAAUUAUGUCCUGCCAGACUACGUCCUGGUGAUCUGUGAGAGAGAGCUUUCAUCUUUUUAGUGGGAGAGUUCACUCUGCCGGUCAUUGUGAAGUGUCCACACAGUAAUCAUCUUUAUAG